AUGUCUACCCCAGGGCAACGAGAGCCUCAGGCUGUUCACCAUGAGAACACCGACAGUGAAGCCAGCGUGCCUGUCGAUAGCGAACGUUCCGAUGGAAAGCGCGAGCUGAAGGAAGAUGAGUGCUACGAGAUUCUGGGAUACUGCUGGCCACGAUGGAAGAAAUGGACCUAUCUAGCCGCGGUCGCGUGCGUUCAGGUCUCUAUGAACUUCAACACUUCGGUCUACCCUGCUGCUGUCAAGGGUCUUGCCGAGGCUUUUCACAUUAGCGAGCAACAUGCUCGCACGGGCCAAAUGGCUUACCUGGUUACUUAUUCUAUUGGCUGUGAGCUGUGGGCUCCUUGGUCCGAGGAAUUCGGUCGCUGGCCCAUCCUCCAGCUCUCUAUGUUCUUGAUCAACAUUUGGCAACUCCCUGCAGCCCUUGCUCCCAAUUGGGGCAGUCUUGUUGUCGCUCGUGCAUUGGGUGGUCUCUCUACUGCUGGUGGUAGUGUCACUCUCGGUCUUAUUGCUGAUAUCUAUGAACCCGAGACGCAACAAUUCCCUCUCGCUUUCAUCGUUCUGUCCUCUUGUAUUGGUACCAGUAUUGGUGGUGUGAUUGGAGGACCAAUUGCCCGUUUCCUUGAUUGGCAAUGGUUCUUCUGGAUUCAACUCAUCUUCGGAGGAUUCACCCAGCUUAUCAUCUUCUUUAUGCCUGAGAGUCGUUCGACCAUCAUCAUGGACAGAGAAGCCAAGCGUCGCCGCAAGACCGGGGAAGACCCAAAUAUUUAUGGACCCAACGAGCUCAAGACCCCCCGUGUCUCCCUCAAGGAAGCCGGCAAGAUCUGGGCACGUCCAUUUUACAUGUUUCUGCGCGAGCCCAUCGUGCUUUGCCUAUCUCUUCUGUCCGGUUUCUCCGAUGCUCUGAUCUUCACUUUCCUGGAGAGCUUCGCCAUCGUCUAUGAGCAAGGAUGGGGCUUCGGUACCCUCGCACAAGCGUGGGCAAUUAUUCCAAUCAACGCAGCCUACUUCAUUGCCUACUUUAGCUACUUCCCGUGGUUCAUUCGUGACCAAAAGCUCCGGCUUAGACAUGGCGAUGCCGCCAUCCCACCCGAGCGCCGUCUCAAGUGGCUGCUCUUCCUCGCCCCACUCGAACCCAUUGGUCUAUUUGGUUUCGCCUGGACAUCCUUCGGCGACUCAAGAAACGUUCACUGGAUCGGAUCCAUGAUUUUCUCCGCCUGUGUCGGUAUCGCCAACUAUGCCAUCUACCUCUCGUCUGUUGAUUAUAUGGUCGCUUCCUAUGGUGUGUAUUCAGCUUCUGCGACCGGUGGUAACGCUUUCGCGCGUGAUCUUCUCGCUGGUGUCUCGGCCAUGUACGCGACGCCUAUGUACAAAAAUAUCGGUAAUAAGUGGCAUGUGGAGUAUGCAAGCACUAUUCUAGCUUGUCUUUCCUGUCUCGUUGUGACUCCCAUCUAUGUUUUCUACUGGAAGGGACCGCAACUUCGCGCCAAGAGUAAGUUCGCCUCUACGCUUGCUGCCGACAGAGAGCACAACCAUGGUCGGCGUGUCAGCAGGAUCAGUGUGGAGCCUGAGUAUUGA